CUAUGUACAGAUCCCAAGCUGCGUCCAGGCUUCCUCACAGAUAAAGUGAUGGAACCUGCAGUCAAGUACAUCAAUAAGAAAUUCCCUAAUAUUGACUUCAGAGGAAACAUUCAAAACCUGACCUGCAUCCAGCGACAGAAAUCUGAGGUAUUAGCAGCCACAGCAAGCUUCUACGACUCCUUCCUGGAUGUCAUAGAGUUCAGGGAUCAUGUUUAUGAACUGCUGAACACCAUUGAUGCCUGCCAGUGCUUCUUUGAUAUUGCUUCCAACUUCGAUUUCACCAAAAACUAUCUGGACCUGUUAAGCACCUAUGCAUCUGUUAUCAUCUUGCUCUCUCGCAUUGAUGACAAAAAGGUCUUGGUGGGAAUGUUCAACUGUGCUCAUGAGAUGACCAAUGGCAGCAGCGAUCCCUCAUACCCACGGCUUGGACAGAUGUUUGUGGAAUAUGACCAUCCAUGGAAGAAGCUGACUGAAGAGUUUGGCCCUCACACAAGGUCUGUGACAGCAGCGUUGCUUUCACUAAAGACGGUCUACCCUCGGAGGAACCUGCCUGCAGAGCAAUGGAGGAGCGCUCAGCUCCUCAGCUUACUCAGCACUCCAGCUUCCAUGCUGGACCCGGCCUGCUGCGAAACUGUGAGUCCAACUUCCUGUUCCUGUUACUUCUGCUGAUUACAACUGCAGUGACUUUACCAAAAAUGGCUAUAUGCAAAGUUUUACUUGGUUGUCUGGAGAACUUACAUAUGGUUUUGUUU